AUAUAGAAUAUAAAUUGUGGUUCCUUCAUUUUUAACCACUUAUAUCAAUUUCUCAAACCUUCAAACAUUUUUUCACACCAAAUCAAAAACAAGAAGAAGAACCCAAAGAAAAAAUCUUGAGGAUCAAAUUCUGAAGUUUAUUUUGUAACUUCACCUGGCCUGCAAGAAUGGACAGGCCGAAUAACAAUGAUACAACAGACAAAGGUCUGUUUUCAGGUCUGAUGGGAUAUGCUGCAGGACAUCAUCGUCCUCACGGUCAUGGAUACGGUGCAUACCCUCCUCCACAUGGAUAUCCGCCUCAACAGUAUCCACCACAGCCUUAUCCAUCCCAUUCCUAUGACUCUUAUCCACCAUACCCGCCUCCUGGUGGAUAUCCGCCUUCUGGCUAUCCACCCCACGGGGGCUAUCCCCCUGCCGGGUACCCUCCUCCUGGGGGGUAUCCUCAUUCAUCUGGCUAUCCUCACCAUUCAUCUUCCCAUCAUUCAGGCUUUAGACCAAAUAUGGGACUAUUAGCUGGAGGUGCUGCAGCCGCUGCAGCACUCUAUGGAGCGCAUCAUCUCUCACACGGACACCAUCAUUCGCAUGGACAUGGUAUGUAUGGCGGCUUUGGUCAUCAUGGAAAGUUCAAGCAUGGAAAGUUUGGCAAGCGCUGGAAGCAUCAUGGGGGACAUGGCCUAUUUGGGCGAGGAAAGUUCAAGAAAUGGAAGUGAAGACAUUUUGCUAUUAUCACUAAUACUCAAUAAUACUGUAUUUUAGGGGGAUUGAUCUGGCUUUAUGUUUAUGUUUAAUUAUUUUUGGUGUAUGAAGAAUCGGGUCGUUUAGUACUUGUAGGCCCUGGUAUAUGAAUAUAUUUAUCACUCAUUUGUGUUAUACUCUAGAUAAAUAAAUUCACCUUGUGUAGAUUCAAUGUAGUGUCAAAUACCAACUUUUGGGUAUUAAGCAGAUUAGAUACUCGUUAAUGUGGAUGUCAACUAACUAAUUCGUUAAA